CGGCGGCGCUGCAGCUGCGGGGCGUGGGGGCGGCGGCUUCGGAGGCCAAGGCGGCGGUGGUGGCCCUGGCGGAGGCACCGGCACCUUGGCCGGGAAAAGCGCUCGGCCGGAACCCCACAGAAGGACCUAUGGAGGUGGCAGCCGGUGGAGGCUGCGGCGCGGGGCCGCCGUUGCUGCUGAGUGAUAGUGAGCAGCAGUGCUACUCUGAGCUCUUCGCGCGCUGUGCAGGCGCUUCAAGCGGGGGCCCGGGACCUGGCCCCCCCGAGGCUACCAGGGUCGCCCCCGGCACUGCCACUGCGGCCGCUGGUCCAGUGGCCGAUCUGUUCCGUGCUUCGCAGCUGCCACCGGAGACGUUGCACCAGAUCACAGAACUGUGUGGUGCAAAGCGGGUUGGUUAUUUUGGUCCAACACAGUUUUACAUUGCCCUGAAAUUGAUUGCUGCAGCACAGUCCGGCCUCCCUGUGCGGACAGAGAGUAUUAAAUGUGAACUGCCUCUGCCUCGCUUUGGGAUGGCAAAGAGUGAUGGUGAGAUGCGCUUUGGGAACCCAGCUGAGCUUCACGGAAAGAAGGUUCAGAUCCCAUACUUACCCACGGAAAAGAAUUCCCUAAAAAGAAUGGACGAUGAGGAUAAACAGCAGGAAUCACAGUCUCCCACGAUGUCACCCCUCGCCUCCCCUCCUUCUUCCCCGCCUCAUUACCAGAGGGUGUCCUUGAGCCAUGGCUACAGCAAACUGCGGAGCGGCACAGAACAGAUGCAUCCAGCUCCUUAUGAAACUAGGCAGCCCAUUGGCCAGCCUGAAGGAUCCUCAUCAGAGGGUCCAGGAGUCAAACCCCUCCAUCGCCAGGCAUCUCUUAUUCGGUCCUUUUCAGUGGAGAGAGAACUGCAGGACAACAACAGUAAUUACCCAGAUGAGCCCUGGAGGAUAACAGAAGAACAGCGGGAGUACUAUGUCAAUCAGUUUCGCUCCCUCCAGCCAGACCCGAGUUCCUUCAUUUCAGGGUCUGUGGCCAAGAACUUCUUCACCAAAUCAAAGCUCUCCAUCCCAGAGCUCUCUUAUAUCUGGGAACUCAGUGAUGCUGACUGUGAUGGAGCCCUGACCUUGCCUGAGUUUUGUGCUGCAUUUCAUCUCAUUGUAGCAAGGAAGAACGGCUACCCACUGCCAGAGGGCCUGCCUCCUACUCUACAGCCAGAGUACUUGCAAGCAGCUUUCCCAAAAUCCAAGUGGGAGUGUACAAUAUUUGAUUCUUAUUCUGAGUCAAUGCCAGCAAACCAACAGCCCUGUGACUUGAAUCGGAUGGAGAAGACAUCUGUUAAAGACAUGGCUGACUUUCCUGUUCCUACCCAAGAUGUGACUACUGGUGAUGACAAACAAGCUUUGAACAGUACUGCUAAUGAACCCUCACCAAAGGACGUGGCUGAGGAUACAGCAGCUUCUAAGGACUGCAACAGUCUCAAAGCAAGACCAAGAUCCAGAUCUUACUCUAGCACCUCCAUAGAAGAGACCAUGAAAAGGGGUGAAAACCCUCCCACCCCACCACCGCGGCCACAGAAAACCCAUUCCAGAGCCUCCUCCUUGGAUCUGAAUAAAGUCUUCCAGCCCAGUGUUCCAGCUGCUAACUCAGGAUUGUUACCCCCACCGCCGGCACUUCCUCCAAGACCUUGUCCAACACAGUCUGAACCAGUGUCUGAAGCUGACUUACACCCUCAGCUGAACAGAGCUCCUUCCCAAGCUGCAGAGAGCAGUCCAAAGAAGGAUGCACCACAUGCUCAGCCUCCAUCAAAGCCUAUCCGCAGGAAAUUCAGACCUGAAAAUCAAACUAUGGAAAGCCAAGAGUCUGCUGCUGCUGUUGGAGGAGCAGCUUCUGCAGCAAUGGUGAAACCCCAUCCAACAGUACAAAAGCAGUCUUCCAAACAGAAGAAGGCAAUUCAGACUGCCAUCCGCAAAAAUAAAGAGGCCAAUGCAGUGCUGGCCCGCUUGAACAGUGAACUUCAGCAGCAGCUGAAGGAGGUUCAUCAGGAACGGAUUGCAUUAGAAAACCAAUUGGAACAACUUCGUCCAGUCACAGUGUUGUGACAUCCUCCAGGCUCGAGUGACAGUGGGUGACCUUGUCUGCCAAGAUCUUUCUUUUGAGUUUUGAGCCUAACUACUUGUCAUAGAUGUCUGAAUGUCAAAAGCUGUGAUUUUCUCUUUUGCCCUUAUCUUAUAUGUUUACAGUGGUUUCAACUGCUUAUUGUACUUAAAAUCUUAAUCAUCGGCUACUUGGGAGACUGAAGCAGGAAGGCCACAAGUUCAAGGCCAUCUUGAGAAGCUUAUUGAGACACCGCCUGAAAUUAAAAAGUAAAAAGAGAGCUAGGGACAUAGCUCAGUGGUAAAGUGCUUGCCUGAUACGCAAGUUUAAUCCUAAGUACCAUUUAAAAACUAUACUUAUCAGCAGAAAUUAUCUCCCAUUUUAACCACUUUUAAGUAUUUCUCCUUAUUAAAAUUGGUCUUCUAUCAGAUAACUCAGAGCAUUAUUUACUUAAAGAAUUUAUAAUUUUUACAGAACCUAAUAAUGAAGUACUACUAGGAUACUUGUUUUAUUCUUGUAUGUAUGUUACAUACAGUAGGUUAGUUUUCUGAAUAAUGUGGAUUCCAACUAAAUAGUCUUAGGCUUGAUGAUAAUAAAAACAAAAGUUGAAAUACAAUUCAAGGAUCAGAUUUACACUGGCACUGUGCCCCCUUCCACCAUAUGCCAAAAAUUCUUCUCUAGUGUCAUUUUGAUAUUAUAUCAGCUAUAAAAAUAUGACUGUUGUUUUCUAUUAAAUAUCAGAAUUGGUCUUUACACCUCUAUGCAGUAGAGAUUUGGGCAAUGAACUGUUCAACUUGGCCAAUCUAGGCCAUCAGCCUAGAUAACUCAAUCCUUUUCAUGUAAAUUUUUAGACAAGCACAAUCUACUUUGUCUUGCCUGGUCAAAUUAAAUAGUUUCUAGAUCACUACUUUUCUCCUGCAUGGGAUAACAUCUCUGUAAAUGCAUGAGCUUAGAGACCACCUAUCAAAUAUGAGUAGCUGGACUGCUACCUAUUUGUUGUUGAAUCUUGGUAUCCAGGCUGAGAGGGAAAGGUAAUGGCUACCAACUCUAUGACAAUUCCUGGUUGUUGUUGUCUUUAUUUUGGUCUGGAUUUCGAAUGUGUUGGGUCUGAAGACAUAAUGAAAAUAUGUAAUCUUCCCACUGGUUUUAUGACUAUUUGUUCUCUGUAAAGUGUGCCCUUGGGAAGUAUUGGCUUUAUACACAGUUCAGGGGAUCUCAGCUAACUCUAGUGGAAGUGAUAUAAAGCAAGCCCAAAUUGCAGAACCAGUAUCCUGUCGAAAUUUAGUAGUAUAGCACAAUUGAAAGUAGGAAAUGACUGACCUUUAGGGCCACAGGGUCCUUGGUUCACCAAUCCUCAACAGGGCAUACCAGUGUUAGCAUUACUUUGAGAGACUUACAGCAUGGCAUACUGUCUUUUGUGCAUUUUGCCAACUUAGACAUUCUUUGGAUAGUGGGAUGUGGUGUGCACAAGGUACUUUUUGAAAUGCUUUUGGGUAGAUUUAUAAUUUGUAAGAUUAAGCUGUUGAUUUCAGUAGAUCUGAGAGGGUUUAGUAAAAAUAGGCAUUUAUUUAAUACUUCCCUGUUGCUUUGGCAAGCUUUAUCAGUAGCUUAACAACAGAAGAGAAGGGUUCAAACAGAUGAUGUUUUUCCAAAGAAAAACAAAUUGUUGAAUCUCUUCCAUGCAUAUUUAAGGAUUUGAAACUGAUUUGAUUUGGAAAGUCAUGAAACUUGAACUAUUUCUGCAUUUCCCUUUCUCUUUUGGCUGCCUUUUUUGCUGUUGUUCUUGUGGUGAGGGCUUGGGAAUGAAUUUAACCCCUCCUAAGAUUAUGAAUAGGUCAGUGCAAAUUCCUAGGUAACUUCUUUUUCCCAUAUGCUGGAAUGUGGAGGCUGUGACAAAUUUUCAACAGUGUUCUGAAUGCAGAUGUUUCACAGCAUGUUUGGUCUUUGGUAAUUUCAAUACAGAAAAGACUAACAUAUGCACUUUAUCUCAAAAUCUUCCAGUGCAUAUGCCCUCACUUGGGAUAGCAUUUCAUGUCUAUCCAUGAGACACAAUCUAAGGAAUGUUAGUCUAUACUGUGCAUUUAAAAACACUGACUUGCUGUUUCCCUAUGCAAUAAAUGGCACAGGGAACUGGGAGAAGAGAUUGGAAUUUUAUUUAGUUGACUUUGUUUUCCUUAAAGGAUAAAACUUGUAUUGGACAAUCAAGGCCCUCAGAGUUUCACAGCCUCACCAGUAUAUUUCUUAUGCUGGGGAUCAAACCCAGGACAUCAUUAAUUCUAGGCAAAUUCUGGGUCACACCCACAGCCCAUCACCAAUAUUUUCAUUUAGGCAGUGUAUUAAAGCACCCACCAAUAACACACACACACACACACACACACACACACACACACACACAGCACAAGCACACAGAGUAUUCUUAGCUGGACUUAAUUUUGAUCCGUUUAUUAGUUGCUUAGAAUUAUAUUUUUAAAAGGAAACAUUUGUGUUUCUAUCUAAAUACAUAUAAUUAUAUGACUAGUAUUCAUCCUUUAUUUCUGUGUUUUCUUAGAAUGUGCACUUUUAGGGUUACAAUACCUGAUACUGUUUUUCAGAGUCUUUAAUAUGAUAUAGGAAGGCAAGCACAUUGAAAUCACCUAUAAAACUGCUCUAGAGUUAAUCACUGUCUUUUGCAAAAGAAGCUUCUCUGAUGAGGGAUGAGAAGUACAGAUUUGCUAGUUGGGCAGAACUGUACAGAAUGAAGGUUAACAUGUCUCCAUUGAUGGGGGUUUAAAUGCCUUGUGGCUCAAUGGUCUUACUGCAUGGGGAUCCUCCAGUUCUACAGAUGAAAGCACAGUAGGAACUGAUCAUGGGCAUAUUGGGGUCUUUAGCAUCUCUUGCAAGUGGCAUAUAGCAUAUGGCCAAUUUCAAUCCAUAGACCUAAAGCAAAACCCAAAUGGUAACUAGCAAAAAUGGAUGUAAUGUGAUAAUCAAGACAGAUAUUUGCUCUAGUUGGAAAGAUCUAAGCACUUUGUAAGUAUCAGACAACUGUUUGGUACUAAUUGAGAAAGGAGUCAGCUGUGCCCAUGUGAACAUUAGAGCUAGGCAGGGCCAGUGUUUCUCUCCUAUCGCUAGCAUGGGAAAUUAUAACCCUAAGAACUGGGAGCUCUUGGCCAAGGAAGCCACAGAAAUAGAUAGCUUGUGGUAGAGUUGGGAUGCUAGCCUGAUUUUAUAGAUUCCAACCUAGUUCUCUGUCAAUCUUAAAAAUAGAGUAGAAAGCCUGUUCUAUUUAUCAUGUUGAAUUUUAUUGCCUUAACUGGUCUUUAAGUAUGAAAGCAUCUUCUAAGGAGCUUUAGGUCUAGACAUUUCUCUCAAAUUUAAGUAAAAACAUAAAAUUUGAGGGAAAUAAUAUUACUAAACCAUUCUAAUGCCUCAACUUUGAUGAUGCAGUAUGUUACUUUAAAUCUUGGCAGAACUUUCGACAGCUAUUGCUUUGAAUAGAUUCCAGUCCAAUAAUCCUGUGGGCAUUUGCUUUCUCAAAUAUACUACUGUGAUAAAAAGUGAACUCAAUAUGUAGUAGCUUGUAGUUUCUCCAGUAUAUCUUUGACUGCUUGGGUCACAAAUAUUAUAUUUUAGCACAUUUUAGGGAUAAGUAAUCAAAACACAUGAACUUUUCUUUUGACUUCCUACCAGUGUUGGGACUAUUGUAAAAUAUUUUUUCUUUAGCUGUGGUUUAGUUGUAUAGUAUUUCUAGACGUUUGUCUGUGUCCCGAAUGGUCUCAUAACUGUGGAUAUAAUAGCUACAUAAUUAUAAUAUCACUUACACAGUGUCUGGAAUUGAUGUGAUGCUUGCAAAUGUCUUUUUCUAAGCAGUAGUAAGAGAGAGCUCAAUUAUAGUAUUAACACCUUAAAACUAAAACAUUUGUUCAACACAAACUACAGUCACACUUCUGACUAGAUAUCAUCAAGGCAGUGAGGUUUUACAAAUGUAAAAACAAUUUGCCAUCCCAGCACAAGCAGAUUGCCCCAUGUGACUGACAAGGAGGCUCAUUGGGUUGUGGUUUGAACACUGGGUGUAAAGAAAAAGAAGUAGUGGCUAAAGAAAUCUCUCCCUCUCACUAAAUACAACACGAGUGACUCUCUUUUCUCUUUCCAGCUGAUUAAUUCUAUUUCAAGUGCUCCCUUAAAACUCAGACUUCAACAGAUCAGUUGACUUUCCACUCUAGUUAUGGGUGUUAUAGCUUUUUUGUGUCAUGACUCAGUGUGAUUCAAGUUCCUAGUAAGAAGUGAUCUGGAUGUGUGCAAUUCUCAGCCUGCACGUUUUGCUUCUCUUUCAGCAUGGGCUGAUGGAGACAGCCCACUAACACAGACUGGUCACUGUGAUGGCAAUUUGAAUAAAUGUUACUGUGGGCCAUUCUGCUUUGCUUUUUUGUGAAGAGAAAUACAUCUGAUUAUAUGAACCUCUCAAGAAUAGCAGACAAGGAGGAACAAACUUUAAAGAGAGCAUGCAGAUUCUGAGAGCGCCUGCCCAAACCCAAACAGGCUUUAAGAAGAAGUCUUAUACAUAUGCUUGAAGCAACCACUAUUUGCUAAUAAGCUGGACAUCCCAGGUAUAGUUAGUUCUAGGCUUGUAGGAUUAUUUCCUGCUUUGACUAAACACACAUGUGGUAAAGGGCACAUGGAAAACACUGCAUGUUGCAGUUGUUGGUACCCAACUCUGUCUGCAGAAGUCUAGCCUUGCUGGCAACUAUUGGAGAUGGCUUAGUUUUCAUGUUAUGUGAUUCUUCCUAUUUUGCUCCUACCUAAUGUCAUGGCUGUGGGAAGCUAGCAACACUAGGUUUAUGACUCUGAAGACCAGAGGACAACAGGUUUUAUGAGGGCUUAAAUUGGGAUUCGAGGACUACAGUAAGGAAACACUCAGGUACCAGGUUCAUAGCAGUCUGGGAUGUUAGGACUAGAUCCUAAAGUUCUUUCAGGGAGCUCUGUCAUGAGACUGAACACAGUACCCAUCAUAUGCCCUCUUUGAUCAACUUUUUGUUUCAAGUCAACUUAUAUGACAGCUUCCUCUGCAUCUAUCUUGGGAAGAAGGGAUACCCUCUUCUUUAGAACUAGAACUGCCAUUCUUAGCACAAGUAAGGUAUAUAAGUGAGCCAGAGGCAAAAAGAGCCAUUUUAGUCUUCAUAGUUAUCAGCUAAAAGAGAUAAUGAGCUGACUGUCUAUUUUAACCUCGAAGGUAAAAAUGCAUAUUAUAUUUUUUCACUACAGGUAUAUGUAACAGUAAAAUGUGUAACAGCAAAGUAUAUAUUUGAUGCUUUCUGUCUUUUCAUGAUAUUGUGCUAACAUGUUGUGCUAACAUUUAACUCAGCUAGAGUCUCAUUCAUUUGCUAAGCUUUGAGAACAUUCUGUGUAUUUACCUUAAACAUAAAUAAAUCCCUGAGAGUGUCCUAUAUUUGGAUUGUGAUUUGAAGACUCAUGCUAACUUUACUGCCUCUUUUUCACACUUGUUGAAAAAUCUGGGAAGAACAUAGUAAGUUAAGGGAAAAUACACAUGAUGUGAAACUGGGGUGCUAUGUUAAAAAUAAAUGCAUUAUAACUAA